AUGGACCAAGUCAAGGAACUCGGCGAAAUCCCUCAGAAGUUCCUCAAGGAGGGAAGCCAGUUUAUGAACAGAUGUACUAAGCCGGACCAAAAAGAGUUUAUUCAAAUCUGUCGGGCUGUAGCUAUCGGAUUCGCGAUCAUGGGCUUCAUCGGAUACUUCGUUAAACUCAUUCAUAUUCCUAUCAAUGGGAUUCUAGUCGGAGGAGCAUGA